GUACUAUACGGACCAAGAUCAUUUAUAUCAAUAUGUUUGAAGGCGAGGAAAAAAGACUUAUGUUGGGUUACCUGGCUGCACUCAUAGGAGGUGCCAUAUGGAAUCUAGUGGCCACGUUCGCCGGAAUGCCCAUCUCUGGCACCCAUAGCAUAGUCGGUGCAAUGGUUGGCUUCUCAGUUGUGGCCAAAGGUUUUGAUAGCAUUAAAUGGAUUGAAAUCGCAAAGAUUGGUAAGUCUUUGGACUUGUAG